AGUCCUGCGUCGUCUUUUAAACAUAUCGCGCUCAACAUUUUCGAAAACACUUCCAUGUUCCCGCCAACUAAACCAGUUUAUUUCCCUCCGAUUAUUCUUCCUUCAUCUUCAAAGAAUCCAAAACCUAGAUCAUUUCUCCAUUUUUCUCUCCAAACACAAGAAGGAAUCUGAUGCUCCGUUUCUAAACCCCCAGCAGAAAUGAAUCUCUCCGACAUCGCAAAGAAGCUCGGUCUCUCAGAGUCCAAGUACCUGAUCCGAAAAGCCGCCGAGCUCCGCCGCCUCUGUGACGUCCAGUUUGAUUCAUCCAUCAUUGGAGUCGGUGAGAUUUGUAAAUCUAUAAUAUGCUUGGAAAUCGCCGCCACAAGGUUGCAGAUAAUAUUUGAUAGGCAAACUGCAAUUAGGUUGAGUGGUAUGUCAGAGAAGGCCUACAAUAGAUCCUUCAAUUUUUUGCAAAACGGCAUUGGUGUCAAGACAACGCUGGAUAUAAGAGAAUUGGCGAUCCAAUUCGGUUGCGUUAGAAUCAUUCCUUUUGUGAAGAAGGGGUUGUCACUAUACAAAAAACGGUUUGUUGCAUCACUGCCGGCAUCAAGGAGGGCAAGUGCCGACUUCACUCGCCCAUUAUUUACUGCAGUUGCAUUCUACUUGUGUGCAAAAAAGCACAAGCUUAAAGUAGACAAGCUUAAGUUGAUUGAGGUUUGCGGGACAGCUGAAUCUGAAUUUUCCUGUGUUUCUACCUCCAUGAAGGACCUGUGUCAUGAUGUUUUUGGGACUGAAAAGGAAAAGAAGGAUCCCAGAGAAGUGAAAGGGAAUCGAGAGUUGCUUGAUGUGUUUCCUGGAAAAAGGAGACUUGAGGAUGGUGGUUAUAUAUCUGAUGAUGGAAAGGAGCUCUCAAGUUACAAGCGGCAAAAAAAAAUGGAGAAAGCUGCUUAUGAGGAUUGGAAAUCAUCAGUCAUUUCUUCUAAUAAGGAAAACAUGGCAAAAACAGCCUGCAAGCGAACCACCCAAACCAGCCUCAAUUUUCUGAAGAAAGUUCCCGAGACCCAAAAAUUGGAGGCCUCGUAAGAAAAGCACAUGGCUUUCUUGCCCUAGCUAGAUUGGAAAGUUUUGGAAGCAAUGUACAUGGCUUUUUUUUCUCCUGGUUAGAUUUAAUUUAAUGAAAGUCUACAUGGAAAAACAAAGGAAACUAGGAUAGAUUCUCUCUGUUGAUAUUUCAUAUUAUAGUCCCUGA